UUGGACGCAUUAUAUGGAGUACAUUUUUGUGGCCAUUAUGAUGGAGAAAAGUGAAACGUAUUAUGUUUUCCACUAUGCACUUCCCGUUUCCAGAUAAGUUGAUGAGCUUGUAGGAAUGGCGUGCAUAUAUAGUUAGACGUUACUGCACAUACUAUGCAAAUUAGCUGUGACUGCAGUGGAUCAUUUAUGCUACUCACCCCAACUGGUUACAAGAAGAAAGAAGGAAUACAUUAGUAAAGUACAGACACACAGUAACAGUUAGACAUGUUUUCAUUCUUGACCAUUUUCCCCCUCCUCUUCAGGUAUAAAGACCAAACAUAAGCUGAAGUUUUGAAAGAGAACGACACCAUGGGGAACCAGCUGGCUGGUAUUGCACCUUCACAAAUACUUUCUGUUGAUAGUUAUUUCUCUGAUAUUCAUGAUUUUGAAUAUGACAAAAGUCUCGGGAGCACCCGUUUUUUUAAAGUUGCUCGAGCAAAACACAGAGAUGGCUUUGUAGUUGUCAAGGUAUUUGCAAUUCAAGACCCAUCUUUACCUUUAACAACCUACAAGCAGGAUCUAGAAGAACUGAAGACGAAAUUAAAAUCUGCACAGAAUUGCUUGCCUGUCCAGAAAACCUCUUUGACUGAUAAGGCUGCUAUGUUAUUCCGACAGUAUGUCAGAGACAAUUUAUAUGACCGAAUUAGCACCAGACCAUUUCUUAAUAAUGUAGAAAAGAAGUGGAUAGCUUUCCAGAUACUAAAUGCUGUGAACCAGGCUCAUAGAGUUGGUGUUAGACAUGGAGAUAUCAAAACAGAAAAUGUUAUGGUGACCAGCUGGAACUGGGUUCUUUUAACUGACUUUGCUAGUUUUAAACCAACAUUCCUCCCUGAGGACAAUCCUGCAGAUUUUAAUUAUUUUUUCGAUACCUCUCGAAGAAGGACUUGUUAUAUUGCUCCUGAGCGCUUUGUAGAUGGGACAAUGUUUACUACAGAUUUAGAGUGUUCUAAAGAUCCAACAGUGCCUUUGGUAGAUAUGACAAAUAAUAAUCAGCGUGCCCGAGGAGAGCUAAAACCUGCCAUGGACAUUUUUUCUGCAGGUUGUGUAAUUGCAGAACUUUUCACUGAAGGAGUUCCAUUGUUUGAUCUGUCACAACUGCUAGCUUACAGAAAAGGGCAUUUUUCUCCAGAGCAGGCGCUAAAUAAAAUUGAGGAUAAUAGCAUCAGAGAACUGGUCACUCGUAUGAUCCAGCGAGACCCAGAUAAACGUUUAACUGCAGAGGAACACCUCAUACAACAAAGAGGGGUUGCAUUCCCUGAAAUAUUUUAUACAUUCCUCCAACCUUAUAUGGCCCAGUUUGCUGAUGAGACAUCACUGUCUGCAGAUGAACGCAUAUUGGUAAUUCGUAAAGAUCUGGAACAUAUACUGUGCAAUCUUUAUGGUAAUGACCAAACAGAAAAGUCUGAAGGUGACUCAAAGGAGCACGGAUUAGUGAUUUUGGUUUCAGUCAUAACCUCCUGUUUGCAAACCCUUCAGUACUGUGACUCUAAACUGGCUGCUUUGGAGCUCAUUCUAUACCUAGCUCCAAGGUUAAGGGUUGACAUCUUGCUGGAUCGUAUUACACCAUACCUUUUGCAUUUCUGCAAUGAUCUCAUCCCUCGAGUUAGGGCUGAAGCUGUGAGGACCUUAACUAAAAUCCUUUCCCUUGUCAAAGAGGUGCCACGCAAUGACAUCAAUAUCUACCCUGAAUAUAUUUUGCCUGGCAUUGCACACCUAGCCCAAGAUGAAGCCACUAUUGUAAGACUGGCGUAUGCAGAGAAUAUAGCACUUCUGGCAGAAACUGCUCUUAGAUUCUUGGAACUGGUACACUUAAAUAGUCUUAACCUGGAAAAUGAACAGAAUGGUGAAGAAAUUGAUGAACCUUCCUAUCCGAAUGAAAAUUAUGAUACAGAACUGCAAGCCCUCCAUGAAAUGGUACAACAGAAAGUAGUGACACUUCUGAGUGACUUGGAGAAUAUUGUUAAACAAACCUUGAUGGAAAAUGGCAUCACUCGCUUGUGCGUAUUCUUUGGUCGGCAGAAAGCCAAUGAUGUUCUUUUGUCUCACAUGAUUACAUUUUUGAAUGACAAAAAUGAUUGGCAUCUUCGAGGAGCUUUCUUUGACAGUAUUGUUGGGGUUGCAGCUUAUGUUGGCUGGCAGAGUUCGUCUAUUCUGAAACCUCUCUUGCAGCAGGGACUGAGUGAUGUUGAAGAAUUUGUCAUCUGUAAAGCUCUCAAUGCCCUGACCUGUAUGUGUCAACUAGGGUUACUGCAGAAACCACAUAUUUAUGAGUUUGCCAAUGAUAUCGCGCCUUUUAUGUGUCACCCAAACUUGUGGAUACGUUAUGGAGCUGUUGGAUUCAUUACAGUAGUGGCCCAGCAUCUGAAUAUUGCUGAUGUUUACUGCAAGUUAAUGCCUUACCUCAGUCCAUUUCUGACUCAGCCGAUAAUACAGAUUGAAAAGGAGCUAGUUCUGCUGAGUGUUCUGAAAGAACCAGUCAGCAGGUCCAUAUUUGACUAUGUUCUGCGGUCAAAGGACAUUGUGAGUCUUUUUAAGCACCUUGUUAUGCGACAGAAGAAACGCACCGGUGUGAUUACUGAAUGCCCUCCUCCAGAAGAUCCAGCAGUUGCUCAGUUACUAAAAAAGCUCUUAUCACAGGGGAUGGUAGAAGACGAAGAAGACAAACUCCUUGCUUUGAAGGACUACAUGCUGAAAUCGCACAAAGCAAAGGCCAAUGUUGUGGAUCAGAAUCAUCUCAGUGAUGGUGCUCAGAAAGGGGUGAUUGACCUAGCUUCUCUUGGGAUACAGGGACGGCAGUUUGAUAUGGUCAGAGCUAAACAAGAGCCUGAAGACAGACGAGCUAGACGACAUGUAAAACAAGAUUCAAACAUGAAUGAAGAAUGGAAAAGCAUGUUUGGGUCUCUGGAGUCAUCUGCCAUCUCGCAGACAGUUCCUAAAGGCCUUAUUCCAGGAAAUGAGCAAGAAGUUCUGCAGGCUGGACAAUCUGUACAUUCAGAGUCUUUGCCAAGCAUCACAGCCCCAGCAUCUUCAACAGUACAGCCGCUUGAAGUGGGAGGAGGCCAAAUCAGGAAGCCAUCUUUGCAACCUGUAAGUGGUGCAAUCCAGCCCUUAACUUACCAUAGAAGAAUUACAACCUCUAAGACUGAGCUCCAGCAGCUGUUGAAGCAGAAACAGGAACAAUAUAGUGCAGAGAGAGUAGCUAAAGCAGCCAUGGAAAAUGCAGAAUGGGAGGCUAAAUCUCCUCCUCCUGGUUGGCGUCCUAAGGGCCUUUUGGUUGCCCAUCUGCAUGAACAUAAAUCAGCAGUGAACCGCAUUUGUGUUUCAGAUGAGCAUUCUAUUUUUGCAACCUGCUCAAAUGACGGGACAGUGAAAGUGUGGGAUAGCCAGAAAAUGGAAGGAAGAACCACCACCACCAGAUCCAUUCUGACUUACUCUCGGAUGGGAGGGCGUAUCAAGACGCUGACAUUUUGCCAUGGUUCCCACUAUCUUGCUGCUGCUUCAGAUACUGGCACUAUUCAGCUUCUGAGUAUUGAAACAAGUAAACCUCCCAAGUCUCCAAAGAUACAGCCACUGCAAAGCAGGGUCUUGGAUCAGAAAGAAGAUGGCUGUGUCGUGGAUAUGCAUCACUUCAGUUCUGCAAAUCAGCCUGUCCUGUCUUAUGCAACUGUAAGUGGCUCUCUAGUUGGAUGGGAUCUGAGAUCUGCCACUAAUGCUUGGACACUGAAGCAUGAUUUGAGAUUAGGCCUUAUUACUUCAUUUGCAGUGGAUGUACAUCAGUGCUGGCUGUGUAUUGGUACUAGCAAUGGGACAAUGGCAUGCUGGGACAUGAGGUUUCAGUUACCAAUCUCCAGUCAUUCACAUCCUGCCAGAGCUCGUAUUCGGCAGCUAUUGAUGCACCCUCUAUAUCACUCCUGGGUCAUUGCAGCUUGCCAAGGCAACAAUGAGGUGUCCAUGUGGGACAUGGAAACUGGCGACAGACGAUUUACUCUGUGGGCCAGCACUGCCCCACCACUGUCUGAAAUACAGCCAUCACCUCACAGUGUUCACGGAAUAUAUUGCAGCCCUGCUGAUGGUAACCCCAUAUUACUAACUGCAGGUUCUGAUAUGAGAGUAAGAUUCUGGGAUUUGGCAUCCCCUGAGAGGUCAUACAUUGUUGCAGGAGGAGCUAAUGAUACACUUCAUUGUCCAUCUGUAUCAUAUUUAAGCAAAAUAAUUGAAGGCACAGAGGUGGUCCAGGAAAUUCACAGCAAACAAAAGGUUGGCCUCGCAGAAGAUACACCUCGUAGGGGGCCUGAAUCUUUGCCAGUAGGACACCAUGAUAUUAUCACAGACAUUGCUACUUUCCAGACUACGCAAGGAUUUAUUGUGACAGCAUCAAGAGAUGGAAUUGUAAAGGUGUGGAAGUAAAUGUCAUCAAUGUCAUAUAUGGAAUUUGUCAUUGCACUAAAUGGAGCAGUCCAGCUACAUUUUUAUCCUCCAUUUGUUUUUCAAACACAGACAAGGAAAUGUGGCCAUUACUACCAUCUACCGCCUGCAGAUCUUUAACAUUCAUAGCUGAAAAUAUUUAUAAGCUCUUCUGUGGAAACUGUUCCAUUAAAGCCAUGAAUCAUGAGAGAACGUUGUAAAUGUUGAUGCAUAAUGAACAACUGCAAUGCCUCCCAGCAUGGAGAGUGUGGAUUGUCAAAAUGGUUUUAUAUAAACAUUUAAAAUAAACCCACACUCAGAGACUGCCAUUGCAAGCUAAUUUUAGUAUUGUCAGCUUUGUUUCUGUCUAUGUUUUUUUUUUGUUUGUUUGUUUUUUAAUUAAUGGCAGAACUCAAUGAAAGGAGCUAUUCUGUCAUUUAUGUGUGUUAAUGUUAUGAAAACAGAACUUACUGACAGAAAACACUGUGCAAAUGAAGCGUUUAGUCUGCGUGGCAACACCUUAAAUGCUGCAUGCUUUACAAAUCACUUUAAACAUUGGCAGUUAUGCUUCUUCUCAUGCAUCAGUUUGUAACUAAAUUUACUAGAAGAUAUACUCUAUUGCACUGUACACUUUGUCAUACAGAGCCCAUUUUUUAUUUCUUCAUGGUUGGGUAUGUCUUUCUCACCCAGUUAUUUGCCAUUUUCUGUAAAGUCAUGUUUUCAGGCAUGUAAUCAUGACCUUUGGCAAAUGCUGCAGUCACAUUAUACUUCAGCCGAGUGGCUGCCUCCUGUUCUUGCUUCAAGAAGGUUUCCAUCACAAACAGCUGUGCUUUGUUGCCACUUGGUCUUCGGUAUUUCAUCAAGCAUUAUGACCUCAACUGCAACUCAGUGAGGGAAAGGUUAGACUCCGUUUGAGAAGUUACUACUCCAGACCCUAGCUGUCUGCGUUCUGUGCUUGUGUGAUAUUGCCUCCUUUCACCAUGGUUAUUAUUAUUUGGGGAUUCACCUCAAACAAGGACCCAUCAAGGAGGUCUUUUACCUUAGGUACUUGUAAAUGUGUUUCUUGUCAACAGCUUCUGCUGUAGGAUUUCCAUGUAAAUUGGGUAAGUGAACAAUUUAUAUUAAUUGUUUAGUAAUGUACUGUCAAGCCUGCAUUAUUAAUUCUUUAGUAGAAAGAGGCUAACAAGUGGUGGGGCAAAUCGGUGGUUUCUGAGGAUAUGUCUGUAAAGCUGAAUGUUACAUCACAAUCUAUGUUGGUAUGGGCAUGUGGACAUCCCUGAAAGUGGGAUUUUGCAGGAGAUAAUGCUGAAUUGCGAGUGUUGGAAAACUUGUACCCUUAUGUGUCUCUUAUUCCUAUGCUAUUCAUUCAAUAAUGACUAAUAUUUAUUUUCACAUAUACGUAUAACUAAACACCGAAAAUGUGUCUAAAGCACAGUUUUUUUAAAAAGUCACAGACUUCAGUGCUCGUGUUUUCAUUUCUCAUGAUUGUUAAGGUAUUAUAGUAAUGUAUUCUUCAUUGAAAAUAGUAUGUUAAAGUCAUUACACAACUAUUUAUAGCACACUGUACAUUAAAAGAAACAUUCUUUACUGUUA